AUGACACAAGCCGAAGCCGAGGAGCUUAAGGCUCACGGCCUCAACGACUUGCAUGUUGCAAUCAUUCUUGGACAACUCGGUCGCGUCAAGGAAAUCCUCAGUGAUAAGAUACACACGGACGAAAUUCUUGAAGCCCCCGACAUGGAUGGGACCACGGCACUAAUGACAGCCGUCCUCGCCGGCCGUCUUGAAAUCACCCGGUUUCUCCUUCAGAAUGGAGCCUCAGUGCUAGUGCGAGACCUACGAGGCCGAGAUGCCCUCGCCCACACCAAGACCAGCCCCUUCGGGGAUAAGCUUCAGUUGUACAAGCGCCUCGGACUACCGUCUAUGACCAGCGUCCAACACACCGAGAGACAAGUGAUAGCCAAGAUCCUACAGCAUUCUAUGGCACUAGAGUCCUGGUUAGUUGGACAUUGA